AUGCCGUCCUCAACCUUUAUUCGGGCGGUCCCCACUACAACCAGGCUCCAUGCUUCUUAUCCUUCUACAAAAGCCUUGAGCCUAGCCCGCUUUCCCAGCCUGCCUCCAGUCACACGAUCUCUUCAACGCCGCUAUCAAACCGUCGGUACUGCAUAUAUACAACCUAAGCCGCGCUCACGUCUUCGUCGCUUCCUCGGAUUUGCAUCCAUAACAACCUUCGCAGUCACUGCCGGAUUUUUGUUAGGCGCCGCCGAAAGGUACCGCAGCCUCAUGACUCUUCCAAUUCCAACAGACGAGGAAACCCUUGUCGCAUUCACCCCUUCCGAUGAGUUGGCGCAGAGUGUUGAAGAGCACAUUCGCAACCACCCCCUCUCCGUAUCGUUGCGGGAGGAUCCUGCCUAUACCGAAUCGCGGCCGUACCUGAAGAUUCCAGAGCAAAUACGUAGCCGCAGUCUCACUGCCGGUACUCUCUCGAACUCGAAAGGCAUUGUUGUCCCGCCAGUUGCAUUCAACAACAAGGAAACCAAUACUUUGGUCACUAUCUUCUACCUUGGCCCAAAUGUCUCCGGCCAUCCAGGCCUUGUCCACGGCGGGUUUCUAGCUACCCUGUUGGACGAGGGCAUGGGACGAUGCGCUUUCCCCGUCUUACCGAAUAAGAUCGGCGUGACUGCGAACUUGAACAUCGACUACCGACGCCCGGCCAUGGCUAACUCCUAUUUUGUCAUGCGCGCGCAGGUAGUGAAGUCGGAAGGCCGCAAGGCCUGGAUUGAGGCCCACAUUGAGACUCUUCCCGAGGAGGGACAGGAGCCCGUUGUGCUUGUUGAAGCCAAAUCGCUGUUUGUAGAGCCGAAACAGGCAGCGGCCCUUGGCGACAAGUUGCACAAGUUUGCCAACUAG